CCACUCUCCCCUCCUCUCAGCGGUGGCGGCGUGACCGCCUGAGUCAGCUAGCUUCACCAGUGAGUGAAUGCUGCUACUGAAGGUUCAAUUUCCUGCUGAGAAACGUUUGUGUGUGUGCAGCUAUGAGUGGACACAGAUGGGCGGGCGAAUGAGUCAGAAAGGUUGCCUUCCUCUCAUCACCAUCCUUCGCUCCUCUGCUGCCAUGGAGCUCCGGCUGGCUGAAUCACAGCAAAGUCUGCAGAAAGGGCUGAGGUAGAUGAGUUCAUGUUGAAGGAGUAUGGAUAAUGUGUGCAAGAGAAGGUGGUCAUCAGGCUCCCAGGCCAUGGUGUUUCUUCACACACUUGCAUUAUCCUGUGCAGGUGCUGUUGAACCUACCUCCAAAAUUGACGGACAUCGUCAGACAGCAAUGACAUUAAGAGAAAACAUGAUACACAGGUUCAACUGUCAUUCAGAAGGCUGGCAUCCGCAUGCACCAAUCUCGCUGAGCUGGUACCUGAACGGUGAGCGGCAGAGGUCACUCUCUGCCAGAGGUGGUCUGGUGAUGUCACCCCUAAAAGGCUCUAAGGGCAAAAAGCUUGGAGUCAAUCACAACAGCACAUUCUCCCUGUGGGCCAGAAAAUGGGACAGAGAGCUGGUGUGUGUGGCAUUAAACCCCAAAUCCGGGGAGAGCUACAAUGCCACAGUCACACUCAAUGUCCAAUUUCAGCCUGAGAUCCUCAGGGUCAACGCACAAUCCAGUGAAACCUCAGACCCUGGCCUUUUGUUAGUACUCUUUGCUCUGGUUCAGUCCAACCCACCUGCAAUCUUCACCUUUGCGGAUCAGUCCGGAAUGCUGCUGGCUAACACCUCAGACAUCCUCAUCAUCGACUCGCCCCAUUACCCCUGGCUGACCAAUCACACACUGAGGCUCACUCUCAGUAGUUUAUCAGGAAAUAUCUCGCUGAAUGCCACUAACAGUGUGGGCACAACGCAAAGCAAUAUCACACUGACAGAGUUCCUUCAGUCUCGUGUGGAAGUGCCAAUGCUGGGAAUUGUAACUGGAGGUUCCAUGGCCUUCAUGGCCCUUCUUAUCCUCAGCCUGAUAGUCCUCUGCCUCAUGCAAAAAACUACAAGCAAGUCCAUUGAUGAACCUGUGGAGAUUCUAAUGACUAGGAAAAGUGACUCAACCAGUUUGAAAGCAGAAAGAACUCACAUCCCGAGAGAGAACAUGUCUCUUCCUUCCAAUAUGCAGCUUAACGACCUUAUGACUUUAAAAAAGGCUCGAGAGAACACACAAGUCAGUGGGGGAGAAAAGAAGAAAAAUGAGGAGGAUGAAGAUCUGUCUUUAGCCUAUGCUGCCAGAGGCUUCGCCAGAUAUCCAAUGGUGGGCUACAUCUACAAAGUGAAUAGCACAAGCAGUGAGGAGAUCUGGCUCUGACUGACCUUAAAGACGACACUUGGCUAUAAAUUGCAUGCAUGACUAAUAUAACAAAGAAUCUGCAACAGUUAUUCAUUACACAGCCAUCAAAUCAGCAUAAAAUAUGUCUCUGGAUCAUACAAAGUAUCACUGCUUCAACAUAAGUGAAAACAAAAUGUGUGUGAACUCUAAAAGUCAUGUGUUGUUAUACCAUCUAUAACCACUUCUUCAUAGUGUCCUAUUUCUUGCUGUUAUUACUGGAAUGCAUUUAUUCUGCUAUGCAUAUUCUAGAAUAUCCAAGGCCAUGUACUGUAUGUGGGAUUUUACAAAUUAAUUGAGAAAAAAAUAUAUUUAUACAUGUUAUAUAACAUGACAUGCACUGUAUAUAACUCUGCAUAUGUACAUGUAUGCAUAGAAAACAUGGUAUGGUAUUGAAUAAAGUGAACAUGAAUGAUGAUCCGCCUGGAGUAUGGCCCAACUAGAAUCCACGAGGGGGUGCUAAAAAUCUUUUUGUUUCCUUCUCUAGUUACGCACUUGUGUCAAGUGAUCAGAGGGGGGACGAUUGUGGCUAUUGUGCAGUACGUGAAUUUGAAACGUAAAACUAUAUGAUUUAUACGUUGCAAUACGUUGUGUGUAUAAAACAUUGAGCCUUUAUAUUGACAGAAUUGGAACUGUAGAAUAAUAUUCCAUGUGUUUGAAAUGAGGGGAUAUGCACAACGUGUGAGUGAGCAGACAACCAGGUGCUUUCUGUUUGUGGCACAAAAGGUUUAAUGCAGCAGUUGAGACAGGAAGCUUGUGUGUACUGUGGGUGAACGUUUUUGCUUCAUGUAAAAAACACAUCUAAUUUGGAAAGCUGGUUGUAUGCAUUUUGCCACAAAUGCAAAGGGGAAACAAUAUUUAUGAGUCAUGAUGAGAACACACAUCCUGAUUUUGUAUUUGCGAUACCAGAUAGAAGUGUUCUUUUCAGUUUCCAGUAUAAUUAUGCCUUUGAUAGUUAUGAACUAACUUGAAAGGUAUCAUUUUAGAUGUAUUUCUUCACUUUUUAUUUUAUUAUUAUUUUUAAAGUUAACAUUUCUUUCCCUUUGCUGUCGCCAGGAGGCACAUUGGAGUGUAUGUGUUUAAAAAAUCUGCCUCACAGUUCUGAGAUCAAUCCAGUUCAAUCCCAGACUCAUGCUGUCAGGCCCCAAGCUGGGCAGAGGCCCUCAGGGGCGCACGCGGUAUUCCAGGCCCUCGUCAUGACGUCCUUUCGGGGCAUGCUGAACAGGUUCGUUUUUGUCUAUCUGGACGACAUAUUGAUCUACUCUCGUACGCCUGCAGAACACGAGCAGGCUCCAAGGCUCUUGGAGAAUCGCCUCUACGUGAAGGCAGAGAAGUGUGCCUUCCAUGUCUCGCAAAGGUGACCGCUGUCUCUCAGUGGCCCAGGCCGGGCGACCAGAAACAGCUGCAGCGCUUCCUGGGGUUUGCGAACUUUUACCGGCGAUUCAUACACAGCUACAGCCAGGUAGUGGCCCCUCUCACGGCCCUCACUUCUACCAACACUCCAUACCGGUGGUCGGAUGCCGCCGAGACUGCCUUCUGUGACCUUAAGGCCCGCUUCACGUCGGCUCCUGUGCUCGCUCAUCUGGACCCCGCACUGCAAUACAUUGUGGAGGUGGACGCUUCUGAGCUGGGGGCUCACUCCUGCAGAAUGCAACUACGCCACUGGGGAUCGUGAGUUGCUGGCGGAAAAGUUGGCCCUGGAGGAAUGGCACCACCUGCUGGAAGGAGCUCAAAGAAUGGGAAGGCUGAUACCCUGUCCCGCCUGUACCAACCCGUCGAUUCCAAAGAGGUACCCGCACUUAUCCUCCCACCAUACUGCAUGGCAGCUGCAGCAAUGACGGACCUGGAGGCCGAGGUUUUGGCGGCU